UUCUAACUAUAAACCAAAAAGACUACAUGACGUAAGAUGAAAACCGGAGUUGGUUGAUUGAUUCUAUUUUAUAAGAUACCAGUCAUAUUCUACGGCACCUACUCUACAAAAUCCUUCACUACAUACAUCCAUUAUGUUUUGUAUCUGCAGUCUUUGGUAAUUUCAAUUCUGAGUAGCGACAGUUGGCACACACGCACUUACGCGCUCGCGCACGCACAGAUCGAUAUCAGGAAAUUUCAAAAGAUCGAUACAUCGAGAAAAUCUGUUUGAAAGAGGAUUUUUCUAUGGAAGAUGUGAGUGUUGGAAGAGAGAUUCAAAUGUCUUCAUUGAAACAAAGAACAAAAAUUGUAAAAUUUUAACCUUCAAGUUUUGUUACUGAAAGAAUGUCUGAGGUAAGAAAUUGCAGAUGUGAUAUUUGUGGGAAAAAAUGCAACUUAUCUGUUUGUGAGUGCACUCAUACAAAGGAAAAUCCCUAUCACUGUGAAAUAUGUGAGGAAACAAUAUCUGAAAAAGCUAACAUAACAGAACAUGAACAGAGUCUCAAUGACAAGAAAGUGCACCAUUGUAAAAUAUGUGGGAAGCAGUUUUCUCAAUUUAGUACAUUAACACGGCAUAAACGUAUUCACACCGGAGAGAAACCCUACCACUGUGAAAUCUGUGGCAAAGCAUUUGCUGAGAAUUAUUUUUUAACAUUACACAUUCGUACUCACACUGGAGAGAAACCAUAUAAGUGUGAAGUGUGUGGAAAGGCCUUUUCUCAAAUGAGUCAUUUAGCAGGACAUAAACAUAUUCACAAUGAAGAAAAACCAUUCCACUGUGAAAUGUGUGGGAAAACUUUUUCUGAAAUAAGUCUUGUAAAGAAACAUAAACGUCUUCACAAUGAGGAAAAACCACACCACUGUGAAAUAUGUGGAAAAGAAUUUUCGAUUAGUGCCAACUUAAUACGACACAAACGAACUCAUACAGGGGAGAAACCAUACCAAUGUGAGAUCUGUGCGAAAACAUUUUCUGAAAUUGGUCAUUUAACAAGACAUAAACGUUUCCACACUGGAGAAAAGCCACACAAUUGUGAAAUCUGUGGGAAAGCAUUUUCCACAAAAGGUAAUUUAACAAUCCACAAACGUAUUCACACUGGGGAGAAACCGUAUCGGUGUGAAGUUUGUGGGAAAGCAUUCUCUGAUAGACGUUAUAUAUAUGUACACAAAAAUACUCACACUGGAGAGAAACUAUUUCCCUGUGAAAUCUGUGGGAAAGCAUUUUCUCAAGUUGGUCAUUUGAAAAGGCAUAAAUAUAUUCACACCGGGGAGAAACCAUACCACUGUGAAGUUUGUGGAAAAAAUUUUUCAAACAGUGGCACCUUAGUAAGACAUAAACGUGUUCAUACUGGAGAAAAGCCGCACCACUGUGAAAUCUGUGGAAAAACAUUUUCUCAAAAUGGUGCCUUAACAAGCCAUCAACGUAUUCAUACUGGAGAAAAGCCAUUCACAUGCGAUGAUUGUGGGAAAGCUUUUUCUACAAAAAGGUAUCUUCGAAGACACGAACAUGUACACUCAUAUUAAAAAGAAACCAUUUACUCAUCAUAAUUACUUAACUAUGCUCAAAGUCAUUCAUACAAGUAGAAGACUGUUAAGAUAUAAAUUUUGAGGGAAAGGAUUUUCUGAUUCCAAUGACUUUGGAAGCACAAAUAUAAUUUAUUUUGGGGAAAAUAGGUUUACCAUUAUGAAAUUUGGUGGAAAUCAUAUUCUCCAACCAAUCACUUAUCCAUACAUAGAUGUCUUUUUGAGAAAACCGAUUUGGCUGUGAGCUUUCAGAGAGAAUAAUGUUGGCUGUUAAUCACCACAUGUUAAAAUGUAUUUGCAAUGUAUAAAAAGUAUUCUAUGGAAUUAUGGUAAAUCCAUUUCUUAGAAUUGUUAUUUAGGGUUGAUGCCAGUGCUGCCUGACUGGCUCCUGUGCCAGUGGCAUGUAAAAAGCACCAUUUGAGUGUGGUUGAUGCCAGUUCUGCCUGAUUGGCUCCUGUGCCAGUGGCACGUAAAAAGCACCC